AUGAGCCAUUUGCUAGACCGCUAUAAACAGGUAUUGGAAGUCAAAGGCAUUUCUUGCAGCAAUUAUCGCAGUAAAGAGCUCAAAAGAAGAAUGAGAGGCCAUUUCUUAGACCAACUAGUCAUCGAGAAGCAGAACCACCCUUCGAAGCCCGAAUUAAUAUAUUCCAGUCAUUUGUCAGUUGCAGACAUAGUAAAAACAUCAGUCUCUCAGCAGUCCAGUGAAGAUGUUGAAGUCGAUGAGGACACGAGACAGGAUAUGGAACAGGAUAAGGCUACCAUUUUGUACCAAGCAGCCCAGAUAAUAAAGAAUGACAUCAUACAGUGCAAUGGUAUUUCAAUCAAGCCCUUGUGUGUAGACGAAGUGUCCAUAGAGAAGGGCAGGUGUCUAAUACCGGAAAGCCUUUACAGUUUUCUUUCAGAGGUUAUCUCUAGGCAAGACAAAAAAGCCACUACCGUGUCGGAUGGAUCUACUCUUAGUGCUGAGAAAGGAAGACGCAUAGUUAUGCUAGGUCAGGAUAUAAUUCAUGCCGCGACCAAUAGUCAGGUGAAAACACCGAAACACAUAGAUUUGGCAGUCACCAUACAUCAGUUAACAGGGUCUAAGGAAGUUGUGACUUUGUUAAACAGAAUGGGGCACUGCUUUUCAAAUGAUGAUGUUGAAAUCGUAAACACAGCACGGCCAAGAGAGAUGGAGGCAAGGAGCCAACAAACUGGAGUAGUCAUUCCAUCAAACAUUACUGCUGGCCCAUUUGUCAAUUUGCUGCCGACAAUAAUGACUUCAACGAGGAAACUCUAG